AUGGAUUUGAUGAAAGCAACUUACUCGGCACUGGUGGUUUUGGCUAAGUUGUAUAUAAAGCUCAUGUUUAGCAACUUUGAAUUUGAUGGGAAAGUGAAUCCUACUUUUGUGGAAGGGGAAUUUAAGCUCCCAUUAUCAAGCAUACGAGCAUAUCUAAAAGAGCCUAUUACUCCCAGGUUAGUACACGUAGGUUCUGCAGGAGUUACCCGACCUGAUAGGCCUGGACUUGAUCUAAGUAAACAACCUCUUGCUGUUCGCUUAAACAAGGAAUUGGAUUUUAUCCUGACAUUCAAGUUGAAGCUGGGGGAGGAUUUAAUACGGGAAAGUGGAAUACCAUGUACAAUUGUGAGGCCUUGUGCGUUAACUGAGGAGCCUGCCAGAGCAGAUCUCAUUUUUGACCAAGGAGACAAUAUAACGGGUAAGAUAUCAAGAGAGGAGGUUGCUCAGAUUUGUGUUGCUGCGUUGGAAAGACCCUAUGCAUCUGGCAAGACAUUUGAGGUUAAAAGUGUUGUGCCAUUUAGUGAGCCAUUUACAGUGGACCCACAAAAUCCCACCCCCAUAUACUUCCAUUUUCAUCUAAGAUAA